AUGGAGAACGCGAACUCUAUCAAGCAGGAAGCUUCAGCCAGUACCACAGCUACAGAGCCGGGUCCUGAAUAUUCAGGUGUCAUACAACAAGACACAGAGCAGACAGCGCCGGAUGACACGCUGGCUCAGAAAGUCCCCAAGAGACGCACCAAAACAGGAUGUUUGACUUGCCGGCAACGCCGCAUCAAAUGCGGGGAAGAGAAACCUGUAUGCAAGAACUGCAUCAAAUCGAAACGAGAGUGCAAAGGAUAUGCCCAGCGCCUAGUCUUCAAGAACCCUUUGGGUAUUCCCGGGUUUUCGAACCUUCAACAGACGUUCAAUGCAGCAACAGUACCAUUUUCUAGUGGAUACAAUGCUCCUAUAUCGUUGCAUGAAAAGCCAAGUGGUUCUCGCCCACCGGCCCUCGCCCCUAAGCCGGUUGCACUUCCAACCACGGGGCAUGAACCUAUGCGAACCGCCGUGGUUUCGCCGUCACAGGAAAGUCAGCAACCUGAUGCUAUCCCCACUGCUUAUGGGCUGGACGAAGGGUAUAAACACUACAUGGAUCAUGGGCUUCCUUCCUGGGUUCCACCACAGUCGUGGAAAACGGAAUCAGAGAUAAGGGAAAACUACAUACACCAUGGCGCGCGUGACCUUUCUAUUCAAGGCUAUUAUCCAGAUAUCCAAGAGAGUAAACAUCUCUCACGCUCGUCUGCCGUACCUCAAACUCAAUCGAACAAUACGAUGCAUUCCCAACCCCCUUCUAAUAUACCACAGCAAUUGGACCAAUUUACAACAGCACAUCCAUCAAUAUCUCCAUCCAAGGUGACAUAUAUGGAUGAGGAUGAGGAUGACUACUACGAUGUCGAGACUGAUGAAGAACCAGAAGAGCAGACAUCAACGCAGAAUUUCAAUCAAUUAAGUCUCAUAAUGACCUCUGCCAAUAGAGAUGAACGGCAACUCCGCUCAUUUACAACAUAUCUGAACGAGCCUAACAUCCUAGCUUCAUAUCAGCCCACCCUCGGUUCAUCCCCGUUGAACAAUCCCAAAACCGCUCGAAUAUUUCUUCAUUUCAUCCAUUCCACAGGCCCUUCUCUAUCAAUCUUUGAGCGCCAUCCCAUCGACCCUUCAACUAUGUUCGGUGCCCCGGUCCCAGCGGCACAGCAAGGAUUGUGGACGUACACGUUGCCUUUCAAGGCGUUAGAACAUCCGGCAUUGCUUCAAGCUAUUCUUGCUCUUAGUAGCUUACACAUCUCGUUCUUGCAACAAGUGCCUGCCACAGUCUCUAUGAAACACUAUCACUACGCUCUCAAGAGGGUUGGGGCGGCAGUAGGCCUCCCCACGAGACGUAAACAAGUUGGCACUUUAGCUGCAGCUCAGAUACUAGGUUAUUAUGAAGUAAUGGCCGCCGACCCUUCGAAAUGGAACAACCACAUUGCAGGAGCAGCUCAGCUGGUGCGCGAGAUCGAUUAUGCUGGCAUAACGCGGGACCUUCGUGCCCACCGACGCAGAAUAUGUGCUCAACGAUAUGAAGUGGGCGGCUUCCGCUUCCCGCUUGCUGGGAGUCAUUCCCUUAGUAACACAUUUUCAGAAGAUGAUCCUUUUGCUGAAAAGGAGAAUAGCAUCGACGAGAAUAUCAUAGGUACUAUCGUCGGUCGAGCGGUUAACUAUGAUAAUUUUGGCGAAGUCGACGAUGGCCACGACGGGCGGUCUUCUAAAAGAUACUUUACUCGAAAAGAUAUCGAAAAUUUCCGGGUCCAAUGCGACCUUUAUUGGUGGUAUUUUAAGCAGGAUAUCUUUCAGAGCAUGCUCACCGGUAAUAAUAUGUUCAUGCCCAGCUCCCAAUGGGGCCAGUGCCCUCCACGAGCAGGGUUAGGCAGAUUGGACGCUAUCUACGGCUCAGCAGACCAUCUGUGGCUCCUACUCGCCCGAGUAGCCGCUUAUGGAAUUCGAGAUAGGAAAAGAAAACUAGCUACCAUGGCAGCGACGGGAUCAAAUUGGAGGCCGAGCCCUGAACUCUCCAAAUUCAUGGCCCGUUUCGCCAAGGGCCCCCCGGAUGCUCAGGGCAGACCUGCUUCAACCUCGUCGUCCAGCACAUCUCCUGCCUUUUCCGGUGCCCCCGCUGGAGCACAGGCGCACGGUGCUAACAGCGCCGGGUCUAGUCCGUGGUCUGGAGGUGGGUCGGAAAAGUCGGUAUCGGGAAAAUCACCAGAGUCACGCCAGUCACACAACAAUAGUCCUGGGCCACAACCAGGAGCUCCUCCCAUGUACGGUAUGGUCCCAGCGAGUGGACCCAAGCGACUACCUUUAGCGUUUGCUGAAGCAACGGCUCGGGCUGGCUCUGUUGGACAGGGUGAUGACGACUCUGAAACUUUAUCGUAUAGUGAAGCUGAACAGGAAUGGGAGAGCAUUUUGGCGGCCUUUGAGACAUUUGCUCAUGCUCUUGGGCCCUAUUUCAGGCCUUUACCUUCUGAUAGCGCACCUCCUAUCUCGACUGUGUUUGGACCCGCCCUUCAGUACCGCACGCAUACGAUUGCAGUAAUAUGGGGCUAUUACUACAUAGGUCGCAUCCUUUUACACAGAAUGCAUCCGUGCAUGCCACCUGCAAUGAUGGUUGCUGCGGGCGUAGCUGCACCUACCACGGCGGAAUUCUCUCAAAUCAUUGGGAAGAUCGCGGCAGGCAUUUACUACCCACAACUGUUUAAUCUAGAAGCAGGAAGUUUGAGCCCCACCCUGGGCUCUUGUCUGAUCGAAAUCACCGUGCCUAUCUUCUUCGCUGCCGUUCAAUUCACAGACCCUGCUCAGCGUGAAUGGACAGUCACUAAAUUGCGCACCGUCUCCCGCUUGACGGGCUGGAAAGCAUCAGAUGCCAUAGUCCAUGGAUGUGAGAGCGCAUGGAGAGUUGCUGCAAAGCAAGGACGUGGUCCUCCAUAUCACCCACAAGCCGAGGCCGUUGCGCACCAGUCGCCCGCUUGGAUGUCGGCUACAGAAAGUCAAGCUAAUGAAAACUUCGAAAGACGCUUUGUAAAAGUAAAACCCCCAUAUGUGCGCUAUGCCAUGGGAAUCUUGAGCUUGGAAGACGACAUGGGAAACUUGGGGAUAAACGAGCGAGCAUAG